AUGAUGAGCAACGGUCAGGGGUGCUGGAGUGACGUCGCAAGGAACGCCGGCCUCCAGAGGUGCGGCAAAAGCUGCCGUCUCCGUUGGAUCAAUUAUCUCCGACCAGAUCUCAAGCGUGGCGCUUUCUCCCCACAGGAAGAGGACCUCAUUCUUCACCUCCAUUCUCUUCUUGGAAACAGGUGGUCUCAAAUCGCGGCACGUCUACCUGGGCGUACUGACAACGAAAUAAAGAACUUUUGGAAUUCCACAAUAAAGAAAAGAUUAAAAGCGACAUCUUCUUCAUCUCCAAAUGCGGCCGACUCAUCUUUAGAGGCCGCCAUGGAUGAGCUUCAAGAUGGCAAUCUCAUGCAACAACACAACAUCAUCAUGAGCAUGCUCAUCGACUCAUCAUCUUCAUCAUCAUCGUCAUCAUCAUAUUCAUAUUCAACCAUGCAUCAUCAACCCAUUGCCCCAAUGUACCAUAAUCCCUAUCCUACACCCAAUUACCAUUUCAUCCCGAGCGAUGGCUCGUACUUAAACGUACAACCAGUCAAUGCACAGGGUACAAAUACUACCAACGCAAACCAAGGGUUGUUUGGCAGUGGGGAUAACGACAUUAUAAUCAGCUUGGAAGGGCAUCUCUUGGAUGUUUCUCGUUUGGAUAAGACUCGCCAAACAUUCAAUUUAGGGGAAAUUCGGAGCGAUGGUAACCCUAACAUCGUUGGUAAUAACAUGGGUGACAUCGUUAACUACCAAAGUGAAAGUAACAUUAACAAAAUCAAAGUGGAAAGUGAUCAAAAUCAUGAGGAACUAGGCAAUUUAGGGGGGUGUUGGGGAGAAGAAGAACUAAGAGUUGGGGAUUGGGAUUUGGAGGAAUUGAUGAAAGAUGUUCCUUCUUUUCCUAUUCUUGACUUCCAAGUUCAAUAA